AUGGCGUACCAUCACAACGAGGCGACUGAAGAAAUUCUCGAUGGUGUCAUGAACCUUCCAUCAAUCCCCAAAUUUGGUAUGAUCCUUUUUCCAAGCAACCCAAGCUUACAGUUUGUUUGGGAGAUGUUUUUCAAUGACAAGGCAGAAUGUGCCGACAUUCUGGAGGAAUUGCUUUCACGUCGGUAUUUGAGCUUGCGUACCGCACCAACAACUCAUGAUGAUUACGACCUGGCCAAACUUUUCAACAUGCGCAAUGACGAUUUCAAACAAGCCGUUCGAACCACCAAGGAUGGGUUUCUUUGGCUUCUCAAUCAAAUCCGUACACAUCCAAUAUUCUAUAGUAACAGCGCCCGACCUCAACUCCCGAUUCCCCAUCAAUUGGCUCUCACAUUCGAGCGACUUGGGUCCAACGGUGUGUUCAAUCUUGAUAAGAAUUAG